AUGUCGCUAAUUCCAAGCUUCUUUGGUAGCCGCCGAAGCAACAUCUCAAACCCAUUCUCACUCAAGAUUUGGGACCCUUUUAAGGAUUUUCCAUUCUCAUCGGAAUCUCAGUUUGCAAAAGAAAAUUCUGCUUUGGUUAACACCCGCGUGGAUUGGAAGGAGACCCGAGAAGCCCAUGUGUUCAAAGCUGCCGGCCCUGUUCCUGGGCUCAACAAAGAGGAAGUGAAGGUUGAAGUUGAAGAUGACAGAGUGCUCCAAAUAAGCAGAGAGAGGAAAAUGGAGAAGGAAGAGACGAAAGACACGUGGCAUAGAGUGGAGCACAGCAACGGCAAGUUCUUGAGGAGGUUUAGGCUUCCUGAGAGUGCUAAGAUGGAUCAGAUUAAGGCUUCCAUGGAGAAUGGUGUUCUCAUUGUGACUAUUCCUAAGGUGGAGGUGAAGAAGCCUGAUGUCAAAUCCAUUGAGAUUUCUGGCUAAAUUGUGAUUUGGUCCCUAUAUUGCAUAGUUAAUAUAAACAUAGGCCUUAAAUUCUAAUUGCAUAAAAUAAAUUUUAGUUCAAUGUUUGUUUCAUUGUUUGAUAAUUUUCAUGACUUG